AUCACAGAAAUUAGCAACACGGAGGCUAGUUAGCUGUCUACAACUGUUUAAACAGCUGAAAUGAGUUUCCUGGGUGGUUUAUUUGGUCCUGUUUGUGAAAUUGAUGUUCUACUCAAUGACGCUGAGACAAGGAAGACAGCAGAACUUAAGACAGAGGAUGGAAAAGUUGAGAAGAACUAUCUGUUUUAUGAUGGAGAAUCUGUCUCUGGAAAGGUGAAUCUCAAUGUGAGGCAGUCAGGGAAAAGACUAGAACACCAAGGGAUUCGUAUUGAGUUUGUUGGGCAGAUUGAGCUCUUCAGUGAUAAAAGCAACACACAUGAGUUUGUGAAUCUGGUGAAGGAACUUGCUCUGCCUGGGGAGUUGACCCAGAAUCGAAGCUACGACUUUGAGUUCAUGCAAGUGGAGAAGCCUUAUGAAUCUUACGUUGGAGCAAACGUCCGGCUGCGAUAUUUCCUCAAAGUGACAAUAGUGAGGAGACUGUCAGAUCUGGUGAAAGAAUAUGACCUUAUUGUUCACCAGUUGGCCACUUACCCUGAUGUGAACAACUCCAUCAAGAUGGAGGUUGGGAUUGAAGACUGUCUACACAUAGAGUUUGAAUACAACAAGUCCAAAUACCACUUGAAAGAUGUAAUUGUGGGUAAAAUCUACUUCCUUCUGGUGAGAAUCAAAAUCCAGCACAUGGAACUUCAGUUGAUCAAGAAGGAAAUGACUGGAAUAGGGCCUAGCACCACUACAGAGACGGAGACUGUUGCUAAGUAUGAGAUUAUGGAUGGAGCGCCUGUGAAAGGAGAGUCAAUUCCCAUUCGUUUGUUUUUGGCUGGCUACGACAUCACAGCCACCAUGAGGGAUGUCAACAAGAAAUUCUCUGUGCGGUACUUCCUCAACCUGGUGCUGGUGGACGAAGAGGACAGGAGAUACUUUAAACAACAGGAGAUUGUUCUGUGGAGGAAAGCUCCUGAGAAAAUAAGGAAACGGAAUUUCCACCAACGCUAUGAGUCUCCGGAGCCACGACCAACACUUACAGCUGAGCAACCAGAAAUGUGAAAACCCCCGGACUGAAACCAGAAAACGCUGAGAAUGAUUCUGAUUAUGCUUAAAGUAAAUGACAAGAGAGAC